GUGAUGUGUGACUGACUGCUAUGAGUUUUAUAGUGUUAUGACUUUCGUAUCUUCCUUAAACAUAGAAUCGAUUUUUUAUAUUAUUUUAUUUAAGUAAUGAUGUUACAACAACACAUGAUUAUUUAAAUUUAUGUUCCUGAUUACUUAUUUUUACCUUUUUCAAAUAAUCAAGUGAAUAUUUAACUUCGCUAAGAUAAAAUGUCAGGAGCAGAUGCUUUAGAAGCAAUUAUUGGUAGUUUUGGUAAAUACCAAGCAUGGGUGGUAUUUUUAGUCACAAUAGCAAGAUAUCCAGUUGAAUUUCAAUUAAAUAACGUUGUAUUUAUAAUACCAGGCGUCGAAUACAUAUGUUUAGAUGAGAAUGCAUCUAACGGUACAAAGGUAUGCCCAUGUAGUAACCCAGAAUACGAUACAAGUGCUAUAGUCAGUUCCGUAGUCACAGAAUGGAAUCUGAUUUGCGACAGGACAUCUCUAGCGAGUUUAGCUCAGUCCAUGAUGCAAAUUGGUAUAUUGGGAGGCAGCCUUAUUUUUGGACACAUAUCUGACAGAUAUGGCCGCAAAUUAUCGUCAUUACUGUCGCUACUACUCCAAGUUCUAUUUGUUGCGAUAUCAGCUGUAAUUACAGAGUUCUGGAUGUUCCUUGUGUGUCGGUUCCUCAUAGGUGUUACGGUUGGUGGAGUAAUGCUCUGCUGUUAUGUACUCAUCAUAGAGUACAGUGGAAAAUCCUUCAGACCCUACCUUGUUGGUCUUUCCGAAGUGUCUUUCAUCACUGGUUAUAUGGUACUUCCCUUGAUAGCGUACUAUGUAAGAGAUUGGAGAAACCUUCAACUAUGGACAUCUCUGCCAUGGAUCUUUCUGAUAUCGUAUUAUUGGCUCUUACCCGAAUCUCCAAGAUGGCUUAUAUCAGUCGGUAGAAAGAAAGAAGCUGUUGAGCUUCUAGCAUAUAUAGCCAAAAAGAAUAAUCGAUCGGUAGAUAACAUUGAAGAGAUCGUCGAAAAAAUAGAGAAUGAAAAGCCAGCAUCUUAUCCAGAAUUAUUUAAAACUCCAAAGAUUAGAAUGUAUGCGUUCAUUACGGCUCUCGUGUGGAUGCUCUGCGCGCACACAUUCUUUGGUAUCAAUCAAUACAUUGGCCGACUUCAAGGGAAUCUCUAUUUAAACGUUUUUCUUUCAGCAACAUUUUUAAUACCAGGAAUAUUUUUAGUUGUCCUCGCGACCUUAUAUCUCAAAAGAAAGAUUAGUGUGACAAUGAGUUUCUGUACUGCAGCAAUAUCACUGAUCAUAAUUAUUUUCAUACCAAGCGAAAUGACAACUGCUAUAUUAAUAUUUGCUAUUAUUGGUCAAAUGGGUGGUUACACGACAUUCGUCCAAGUUUACUUGUAUUCCUCUGAAGUAUUCCCUACCGUUAUUAGAAACUCUGCAAUGGGGUUUGCUUCAGUAUUUGGGAGAUUUGGUGGAUUUAUUGCACCGUUCGUUGUAAAUAUAGGCAUAGAGUGGGUAUCCCUUACAAUAUUUAGCGGAUUAGCAUUUUGUGCUGUUAUUUUAGUGCAGUUCUUACCUGAAACGAAGGGUACGGUGCUAAUUAAUACUAUUGAGGAGACCGAGCGAAGGGGUAAUAAAACUGAGCCUCAGUUAUCAGCCCAAUAAUUUGUAUACAACGAGUAUAUUAUAAAGCUAGUGAUACGAUAUUAAAAUAUAUAAUCAGUUUGAUAUUUGGGUGACAUGUAUAUGGCAUCUAAUAUACUACGAUUGCACGAUCGCGGGUGAGGUCAGUCAUAGCGUGCCACAAUCAUAAGACGUGUAUAAAAACAAUCUUAUCUUUAGAUAUAAUAUGAAUUAAAGGUGUUUUGGAAAAUAAGUGUGGAAAGGAAUUUGUUUGCUAGGUUGUUUGAAUGUGAAUUAAUAAACAAAACAUUUGAAAAUA